AGAUGUGAAGCAGUUGGGCGCCCUUCACCCUUCAACUGUAGAGUGAGACUGGGUUGUAAAGAAGCAAAAUCACAGCAUUGUCUGGAUUUGCCUGAAGGACUUUAAGUCUAGCCUUGGUGAUAAAAGACGGACUUUGACAUUGGAGUCAUUAUAUAGGUGGAGACAUACAGAAAGGCUGUUCUAUCUAACAGAGACGGGGAGCAAGGCUAAAACCAUGGCCACAUGGAAGACAUUAGGACCUCUGCUACUGCUACUGCAUGCUGUGUUUUGUCAGCGCACAAUCAGAUGGUGCACCACCUCAGAACCAGAACAGAGGAAAUGUCAGGCUAUGUCCGAGGCGUUCUCUGGAGCUUCCAUCCGUCCCUCCCUCAGCUGCGUCAUGGGGCUUACAGUCGAAGGCUGCAUUCAGAAACUGCAGAAAAAAGAAGCAGAUGCCUUGUCCAUGUUUGCCACUGACAUCUACAAUGCAAUGAAGAUUGCCACCUUCAAGAUAGCUGCAAGUGAAUCAAAGGCUGGUGAUAUCAGCUCCUACCAUGCAGUUGCUGUUGUGAAGAAAGCAAACUCCGCCAUCAAUAUCCAAAAUCUGGCAGGGAAGAAGAGCUGCCACACAGGGAAAGGACGAACUGCUGGCUGGAAUAUGCCGUUGGGAUACCUCAUUGACCAGGGCUACAUGUCUGUGAUGGGCUGCAACAUUCCACAGGGUGUGGCAAAUUUCUUCAAUGCCAGCUGUAUCCCUGGAGCUAACAACGUCGGUGAUCCUGCGUCUCUGUGUGAGCUCUGCAAAGGAGAUGGCAGCGGAAUGCAUAAAUGUGAGAUGAGCGAGAAAGAAAUGUACUACAGCUAUGAAGGAGCUUUCAGAUGUUUGGUUGAAGAUGCAGGACAGGUGGCUUUCAUCAAACACACUACUGUUAAAGAGAACACUGAUGGUCAAGGACCAACGUGGGCCCAGAGCCUGCUGUCAGCAGAUUAUGAGCUGCUGUGCAGAGACGGGACCAGAGCUCCUGUUACUCAGUGGAAUCGAUGCCACCUAGUUCGCAUCCCAUUCCGUGGCAUUGUGGUUGGCAAUGAUAUUACUCCCUCUGUGGUAUUCAACAUGCUAAAUGAAGGACUGGCAAAGUCGGGUUUCAACAUGUUCUCUUCAGCGGAUUACGGUGGAGGAACUAUUCUUUUCUCUGAAUCAACCACCAAGUUUGAGGGGGUAGAGGCAGAUGACCCAAUAAAGUGGAUGGGUACCAACUAUUACAACGUUAUGAGAGCCAUGGAUUGCACACCUCAAGAUAUUCCCCCUGUCCUUCGAUGGUGCGUUCUGUCGAGUGGAGAGCAGCAGAAAUGUGCUGAUAUGGGUGCAGCCUUUGCUAGCAAAAGUCUUACUCCCACUAUCAGCUGUAUCUAUGGAGACUCAUUGACUGACUGCAUGGCCAAGAUCAAAAACAAUGAGGCUGAUGCCAUAACUUUGGAUGGAGGGUACAUUUACACAGCGGGCAAAGACUACGGCUUGGUUCCCGGUGCUGCCGAGAGCUACACAGAUGACCACGAUGGUUCCAUGUACUACGCAGUUGCAGUGGUGAAAAAAAGCAGAACCAACAUCCAUAACCUUGAUGACCUGCGUGGCGGUAUGUCUUGUCACACUGGUUAUGGUCGUACCGCUGGGUGGAAUGUUCCUGUAUCUGCCCUGAUGGAGAGAGGACUGAUCAGCCCGAAAAACUGCCUGAUACCCCAAGCGGUGGGAGAUUUCUUCAAAGAGAGUUGUGUUCCUGGUGCCAAUCAAGAUGGGUUUCCCAAAAACCUGUGUGGUCUGUGUGUGGGAGACAGCUCAGGACAGAAUAAAUGUGAAAAAGGAAAAGAUCUGUAUGACGGAUACGAUGGAGCCUUCAGGUGUCUGGCUAGUGGGAAUGGAGAUGUGGCUUUUGUAAAGCAUUCUACUGUCUUCCAAAACACAGAUGGUAAUUCAAAUGAAAAUUGGGCUGCAGAUCUCUUGUCCAAAGACUUCCAGCUUCUCUGUUCCCAAGGAACUGUAGCUGAGGUCACACAGUACAGGCUGUGUAACCUGGCCAGAGUGCCCUCUCAUGCCGUAAUGGUACGACCAAACACCAACAUCCAUGCCAUCUAUGGGCUCCUGGACCGUGCACAGACCUACUUCAGCAGUGACACAGGUACUGGUUUCAAGAUGUUUGAUUCUCAGGGCUACUCAGGCACAGACCUUAUCUUCAAAGACUCCACUGUUCGUAUUGUGGGUGUUGGUGACAAAAAGACCUACCAGGAGUGGUUGGGUCAGGGCUACAUGAACUCACUGGCUGACAUGGAGUGCAACUCCUCGAGUGCAGUGGUCUCCUCCGCCUGGCUGUUGCUGAUGGCUUUACUCAGCGCCAUGUUGACCAACAUCUGAACGUAAAACAGUGACUCCAGAGUCCUGCAUUAUCUCUUUCCCACACAGUCAAUCACCCAAUGACUUAUCUUUCUCUUUCUUUCACCACUUUUAUAACCAAUCUGAUUUCUGUCCAGUUGAAACACACAUCUUAGAGCCAGUCUAGGUCAGUGUGUGUACAAUCUUUUUUGGAAACCCAAUCCUGUUUGUGUGCAUCACAACUGCCCGUUUCUAUGUUAAUUUACAAUCUUGGAAAAAAGCAAACAGGAGCAGCAUUUGGAUGUAGAUGGCGCUAUUGUUGAAGACAAAUAGAGCACAUUUUGUUUGUUUGCCAGAGAUUUGAGAAUAGAGCUAGGAGAAAAAAUGCCAACAUGUGAGAAUAAGAUGGAAGGUGCCACUUUGUUUACUGAGGGUGGGCUGCCAUAUCAGUGUAUAUGCUGCCACUUGUUACAUUUACAGAGCACCAUUUCCUCAUCCAAACUUGUUUAACAAAAAGUUGAUUUUAAAGUUUACAGAAGCCACUUAAAAUAGGUUACCUACAUAUUUACCUCAAAGAAAAUUGACUAAAAUUAAGCAAAACUUUUGGUGCCAUUUAUUAAAAGAUAAAACUCAAAGGAUUGUUUUUCUGCCAACUGUUUCUCAUUUCUUCUGAUCAAAGCAACUCUACAAACCAAUGUUGUCAUCAUAUGUACUGCACUUUGUGUUGCUCCAAAGUAUUUCCUGUUUUCACAUGCUGAUUAGAUGUCUAUUUUCCUACAAUGAAAGAUUUAUUUUUAUAUGAAGUUCAGGUGCCAUAUCAGUGUAUAUGUACUGACUCAUGCUGUCAGACACUAAUGCAUUGUCUUCCUUCUGAUAGAUUUAUUUCUUUGUGAAAUGAUGAAACAUGUGACUAAUAUUUAGUUGCCAGGCCAGUGUGUCUGCAUAAGUAUUACUACAUUAAGCUGCUGACUGUCUUUACUUGUCUAAAUGAAAUAAACUUGUAGGCAAAAUGAA